AUGUCCGUUGUUGAAAUUUCCUCCAAAGAGCAGUUUACCUCGCUCCUCUCUACCUCUCGUCUAGUUGUCGCAGACUUCUACGCCGACUGGUGCGGGCCAUGCAAGGCUAUUGCGCCCGCCUAUAAUUCGCUGGCCACCCAGCUCUCGCGUCCCAAUGCCAUCACAUUCACGAAGAUCAAUGUCGACCACCAACAAGAACUUGCCCAAGCCUACGGUGUUACUGCAAUGCCAACCUUCAUCGUGUUCAAGAACGGCCGUGUGAACCAGACCGUCAAGGGCGCCAACCCCGCACAACUGAACCAGAUCGUCCAGAAGCUUGCAUCGGAGGCAAGUCAGUCCGACGACGCAGCCGGAGCUGGCGAAGGAAGCUCCGGUGAUUACUGGAUUGGCGGCUCAGCGGCCAAGGGCUACGGCGACAUCACAGACCAAGUCGACGUGAAAGGACUUGAACUGUUAAACCGCGACACCGAGCGCGGAGAGCCGCGCACCUUAUUCAACACCUCGAAGCCAUCCGGACUAGCAACAAAGGGCAAGGGCAAAUCGGAUGGACAAGCGGAUUGGGUCGAGAGUGAUACCGACGAGCAGCUGAUGCUGUAUAUCCCAUUCCAGUCGACACUGAAAGUGCACUCGAUCCAGGUUACAUCUAUCCCGCCCGCGGACGCCGAUGCCGACGAUGACGAAACCCCCAUGCGCCCCAAGAGCCUGCACAUCUACAAGAAUACAUCCCAUGUGCUUGGGUUCGACGAGGCGGAUGGCAUUCCUCCUGUGCAGAAGGUCGAGAUCCAGCCUGGAGACUGGGAUGCGAAGACCGGGACUGCGACAGUUGGCUUACGAUUUGUCAACUUCCAGAACGUGUCAUCGCUGGUUCUCUUCUUUGUAGACGGUGAUGGAGAUAGCGAGAAGCUUCGCGUGGAUCGGAUUCGCAUUGUUGGCGAGGCUGGUGCGAACAGAUCCAUGGGCAAGCUUGAGAAGAUCGGCGAUGAGCCCGGCGAGUAA